CACCACCACAAUGUCUAUACCCCCACAAAAUACCAUAUCCUCGGUGGAGGAGCAACUUCUCAAGCCUCUCAGUCACUAUGGUCCUGUUACGAGCUUGAAAGUCUUUCAAAACUAUGUGCUUGCGGGAUACGGUCCUAUUUUGAAGGUGUUUGAAGUUGUAAAUAACGAGACUCAAUUGAUAUCUUCUCAGCAAUUGUUCAAGAGAAACAAAAUCCACCACAUCUGUAUCAGUCAGUCUGGGGACAAAGUGUGCAUUAGCGGUAGCAGAUCAUUCCGUGUUUUAAGCCUUGUUGAUACCUUGAAUAAUACUCCCUCUCUGGAAGAAAAGGCCAUCAACGAAUGGAUCACUUGCUGUGAAUUUUUGGACGAUAACACCUUGUUGAUUUUGAAUUCCCAUAAUACUGUCUACACCGUGGACGUCAGUUCCAAGGCUUCCCAAUUUAUACUUUCUGAUAAAGUCCAUUGCAAUGAAAAAUCGAUCUUAUACAGCGGAUCCAUUAGGUUACUAGAUGACGGGAGGGUUUUGAUCGCUGCCGGUACUGUCAUGAAUGGAGUAAUCAUUUGGGAUUACUUGACUAAGCGCAUCAUUUACAAUUUUACAGAGCAUGAAGGUUCUAUUUUCGGGGUCCAAAUUGAUAGUACCGGAAAAUUCAUGAUUUCAUGCUCCGACGACAGAUCAGUCAAGCUCUACGAUCUUCAGAACGGAAAAAUACUUGCGAAUGGUUGGGGCCAUGGUUCCAGAAUAUGGAACCUCCGGUUCUUCAAGGAUCAAAGCAACGGCUUGAGAAUCAUGAGUACUGGUGAAGACUGUACUAUUAGAUUGUGGAGAUACGAACCAGGACAUGAUUUGAUACAAGUAGAAUUGUUGGAAAAUGCUCACUUAGGGAAGCACAUUUGGUCUGGUGAUAUAGAUGACGAACACUUGAAACUCUUCGUAAGUGGAGGUGCUGACGGAAAGGUAAGAGUGCAUGAUUUGAUUGGCAGAAACAAUGUCCAGGAAUUCAGCUUAGAAACCAUCUCCGCUAAGAUUGGAAAGGAAUUCCAUACAAAGGAGAACAUUAAGCAAUAUUCAGAGUUACCACACUUGAACCUAUUGAUCAUUAUCACUUCACACGGAAGCAUAAUCCAAUACAAUCAACUGUCGAAUGAGUUCACCUUGCUCGAAUUAACACCCGAAGAGUCUGCCAAAUUCUAUGAUUUUUCAAUCAUGAAAAGCUUGUGUGAAAUUAACGUUAUCUUGAUCGCCUGCCGCAACGGUGACAUCCUACAACUUCGAUUUGAGGGAAAUGCCACUCAGCCUCAAAGAUCUUGGAUUGAGGAAAGCCAGUUAGGAAAUAGCAAAUUGACUAACUUGUUAGUAGCUUCAUCAAACUCGUCGCACUAUAGUUUAACUGAUUGUCCAAACACCAAAGUGCCUUUCAUCUUGAGAAAAUACAGUGAUUCGGGUGUUGAGACUAGCUUCUUGCAACAGCCUCAACAAACAAGCUUCACUACCACUGACAUGACCAUUGAUUCCACAAACAGCUGGUUAAUUUUGGGCUCAAGAUACGUAUCCUUGGCUAUUUAUGAUAUUUCAAAUGAAUCAGAUCAAGUCACUAUCUUCAAAAAGUUGUCACAAGGUGAUACGAUCACCUCCGUCUCCAUUGUCAGGAGUCAAAAGAAUUUACUUACGGUCUUAUUAACUGUCAGAGAUGGUGUGUAUUUGUAUGUGAACAUUUCCAAGAUUGAUGGAGAAUUCCAGUACGAGAUUAUCCACGAGAAUAAAUUAUCGAGAGGUUUUAUUGAGGGUGGCUUUGUUCAGAAUAAUCAGCUUAUCUUGUACGGAUUCAAAUCUUCAUAUUUUUACUUAUGGAAUGAAAGCAAGCAAAUCGAAAUCUAUAACGAAAUUUGCGGAGGGGCUCACAGACAGUGGGAAUUUUUCAGGCAAGAUUUUAAUUCCAAGUUUAUCUACAUUAACAAAUCAACCUUGUGCAUUAAAACCUUCAACGCCAGAUUUGUGAAGGACUUCGGGGUAAUAAAUCCCGGCACUCAUGGAAGAGAAAUCAGAAGUGUAUGUAUUUCACCUGAAGCCAAGAACGGAUCAAGAUUGAUUUUGACUGCUUCAGAAGACACUACUGUGAAAUUAGGUAAACUCCAUUCCAAUGGAUCUGUUGAAAGUUAUUGGAGUUUGAAUCAUCAUGUGUCCGGUAUGCAAACCAUCAAGUUUUUCAAUCAAACAUAUGCAGCGAGUUCUGCAGCCAAUGAAGAAUUCUUCAUUUGGAAAUUCUCUGAAUUGGAUGCAAUCCCCAUUGUUAUUGAGUACUCAAGACUCAAGCCUUCUGCUGACAUCCCUGAUUUGAGAAUAAUGGACUUCGAUGCAUUCGAAUAUGAAAAUGGUUUCAUCAUCACUACAGUUUAUUCUGAUUCUACAAUCAAGGUUUGGUACUUUGAUAUUAGUGAGAAAAGAUUUUUCUUGAUUAUAGAGGAUCGUUACACCACUUGCUGUAUCUUGAAUGUCAACUUCUUGUUCUUGAAUAAUCGGGUUUUACUUCAAAUUGGUGCUACCGAUGGUCAUCUUAGUAUUUGGGAUAUCACCAACAAGGUUGCUACUGGAGGAGAAGUCAAAUCAUUGGAUGAGAUGAUCAUUAAGCAGCAAUUACAUCAAAAUGGUAUCAAGGCAAUUUUGCCUGUCAAGCAGGCUGGUUCUUAUGAGAUUAUUACUGGGGGUGAUGACAAUGCAUUAAUUUUGUCUACAUUGGCCUUUGAUCAAGAAAAAUUAAAGCUUGAGGUCAAAAGCUUUAUUGAAAAAGCCGCAAGUUCUACCAUCACCUCCAUCUCCAGUAGUGGUGAUGCCAAAUUUUUGGUUACUUCUGUUGAUCAGAUUGUUAGAUGUUGGUCGUACAAAAAUUACGAAUUAAGUUGUGAAUCCGCUAGGUAUACCACAAUCGCAGAUACCGGAUGCAGUGACUCGGUGAUCGAUGACGGUCAAGUAAUCUUAGCUAUUGGAGGCGCAGGUUUAAGUACUUGGAAAUUAGCAUAGAGUAUAGCAUAUACUUUGUCAAUUAUAGAUACACAUUACCAA